AGCUGGAAUUGGAUGCCGUCACACUUGCAAUCGCAGUACGUGUGGGACUGUUCUGACAUGUCCGUAGUAUUUAUGAAAGCCAUCUGUACGCGCUGCCUCUUGCUAUGCUCAGGAAUGACGCAGGUGAUCAAUGUCACUGGUAUCUCCGUGGGAUUUGGCUUAUCUUCUGCUUGUGACACCCUCAUGUCUCAGACGUACGGCAGCCCCAACAAGAAGCACGUGGGCGUCAUCCUGCAGCGGGGCGCGCUCAUCCUGCUGCUCUGCUGCUUCCCCUGCUGGGCGCUCUUCCUCAACACCCAGCACCUCCUGCUGCUCCUCCGGCAGGACCCGGCCGUGUCCAGGCUUACCCAUACCUAUGUCAUGAUCUUCAUUCCAGCUCUUCCUGCGACGUUUCUUUACACGUUACAAGUUAAAUAUCUGCUCACCCAGGGAAUCAUCCUGCCCCAGAUCCUAACCGGAGUUGCAGCCAACCUCGUCAACGCUCUCGUCAACUAUCUGUUUCUCCACGAACUGCAUCUUGGGGUGAUGGGCUCAGCACUGGCCAACUUGAUUUCCCAGUUCUCCCUGGCUCUGUUCCUCUUUCUCUACAUCAUCUGGAAGAAACUGCAUCGAGCUACCUGGGGAGGGUGGUCGCUGGAGUGCCUGCAGGACUGGGGCUCCUUCUUCCGCCUGGCCAUCCCCAGCAUGCUCAUGCUGUGCAUGGAGUGGUGGGCCUACGAGAUCGGGAGCUUCCUGAGCGGAAUCCUCGGCAUGGUGGAGCUGGGGGCCCAGUCCAUCGUGUAUGAACUGGCCACUAUGGUCUUCAUG